UUUAUAAAGUACUUAGUCCGGUGCCAGCCUGGCACUUGGUAGGGGCUAAAUCAACACUUCUUAUCGUUUCAGCUUCCCGGGGAAGGGCAGGGUUCUGGGGCCCAGAAUGAAAUCUUCCUUUUGACUCCCUAGUCUCUGGUCAUCAUGAAGAAUGCCUCCCCCACCCCCAAAAAAGAGCCCCACCAGGAGAAGCCUCCUGCCUGAGCCCUUCGCCAGAGCUCCAGGGAAGCCCUGACGCUUCUGGCUGAGGGGAGUCGGGGCAGUGGGACCUCCCGUCCAACCUGCCCAGGCCCGGAAGGUUGACCGUGGAAGACUGCCCAAAGGCUCAGGCCUAGAGCUCAGCCUUAAGACACCGGGAGGAUGGAGGAGGAGGAAGGACAGACUCUUGGGUCCCUGCAAACCCCGUUUCAGGAACCGGUGACGUUCUGGGACGUGGCUGUGGACUUCUCCCAGGAGGAGUGGCAGUGCCUGGAGCCUGCCCAGAGGAGCCUGUACCGGGCCGUGAUGCUGGAGAACUAUGAGCACCUGGUGUCCCUGGGCGUGAGUGUUCCUGUUUCCAAAAUGGACUUGAUCUCCUUACUGGAGAAAGGAGGAGCUCUUUCAGGGCCUGAGGGAGGAGGCCCUAGCAACAUCUGUUCAGAUUCCUUUACCAAAGAAGCCAGGUUUGAAAGCAAAGAUUCAAGUCUGAUACAAGGCAUUUACAUGGAAGCAUCAUAUAAGAAAAGAAUGUCAAAAGAUAGUCCAUGGCAUUCCAGGAAAAGAGAAACUAGGAAAUUUGAAGUCAGUGUAGAAAAACGGAAAGAUAACCAGCAGAGACAAUCCAGACUAGUCAUAACUUGUGGCAAAACUCAUAAUAAAAUGUAUGUUCGUCAUUCUAAUACACUGGGGAGAAGUUUACAUUUGGGUAUAAAGGGAAGACUUAAUAGACAUAAGAGAAUUCAUACUGGAGAGAAACUCUUUGAAUGUACUGAGUGUGGGAAGGUUUUCAGCCAGAGGAGACACCUUAUUAAUCAUCAAGGAAUUCAUAGUGGAGAGAAACACUUUGCAUGUAAAGAAUGCGGGAAAAGCUUCAAUCAGAAGGGACAUCUUGUUACUCAUUUAGGAGUUCAUACUGGAGAGAAACCUUUUAAAUGUAAUGAAUGUGGAAAAGACUUUAGCAGGAGAGGAAACCUUAUUGCUCAUCAAAGAACUCAUACUGGAGAGAAACCCUUUGAAUGUAAGGAAUGUGGGAAAGCCUUCAGUGAAAGGGGAAACCUCAUUACCCAUCAGAGAACUCAUACUGGAGAGAAACCAUUUGAGUGCAGUGAAUGUGGCAAAGCUUUUAGAGAUAGGGGAAGCCUUAAUAGACAUCAGAGAACCCAUACAGGAGAGAAACCCUUUGAAUGUAAUGAAUGUGGGAAAACCUUCAGCCAGAGGGGACUACUCAUUCAUCAUGAGAGAAUUCACACUGGAGAGAAACCCUUUGAAUGUAAUGAAUGUGAGAAAGCCUUCAGUAGCAGGGGAAGCCUUAAUAGACAUCUAAGAAUUCAUACUGGAGAGAAACCCUAUGAAUGUAAUGAAUGUGGGAAAGGCUUCAGCCAGAAGGGACACCUUAUUUAUCAUCAAGGGAUUCAUACUGGAGAUAAACCUUUUAAGUGUAGUGAAUGUGGAAAAGGCUUUAGUUGGAGGGCAAGCCUUAUGACCCAUCAGAGAACUCAUACUGGAGAGAAACCUUUUGAAUGUAAUGAAUGUGGGAAAAGCUUUGGUGAGAGGGGAAACCUUAUUACCCAUCAAAGAACUCAUACUGGAGAGAAACCUUUUGAAUGUAAUGAAUGUGGGAAGGCCUUCACCCAAAGGGCAAGUCUUAUUACCCAUCAGAAAACUCAUACUGGGUAA